UGUGUAUGUGUGUGUGUGUGUGUGUGUGUGUGUGUGUGUGUGUGUGUGUGUGUGUGUGUGUGUGUGUGUGUGUGUGUGUGUGUGUGUGUGUGUGUGUGUGUGUGUGUGUGUGUGUGUGUGUGUGUGUGUGUGUGUGUGUGUGUGUGUGUGUGUGUGUGCACGCGUGGCCACGGUGGUGUGCUGCAGCAGCAGUCUCCGUGUGGUUGAGUAAACUGCACGGACAUUAGCGGACGCACGGAACGCAGGCAGCGGCACCACCACCAGCAGCAGCGAGCAAAGAGUGGAAUAAAACCAUACGAGGUUGUUGAGAAGCAUUAGGGAAACCCGCAGUGUUGGAGCAAAAUACAACCUACCGGCUAUUUUUUAUCGGAAACAGGAGAGAAGGUGUUUAGUGCAAGAAUUUUAGUACAUUGUAGUAGCAAAAGAACGGCGGGAAUGGCUUCAUCUCCGUGCGGUAUCACCAACUUUGAUUCCGGUCUGGAAAUCAAAACUCGUUCGGUGGAGCAGACGCUUAUUCCGCUGGUCUCGCAGAUCACCACCCUCAUCAACCACAAAGACAAGCCCAAGAAGUCGGAGCGCACGCUGGCGGCCAUCCACAGGGUGGGCCAGGCGGUGAGCGUGGCCGUGGGGCGCUUCGUGGCCGUGGGGGAGGCCAUCGCCACGGAGAACCAGGAGCUGAAGGAGGAGAUGGGCCAGGCCUGCUUCGAGGCGCGCCGAGCAGGUAGAGGAUGCCUUGGUGUUUGUGUUAUGAGUUUAUGUCGAAUCACAUUAAAUGUUGGGCUUUAUAUUUUUUAACAAAAGCAGCCUAUG